AUUCUGUACAGCUCUGAGAGAAAAAUAUACCCAAAUAAUACGCGUUAAAGAUGAGCAACAUAUACAUUCAAGAGCCACCCACGAAUGGAAACAUGUCAAACUCAUAUUCAUGGAAAAUAAUGUCUUGCUGAAGACCUCCGCGGGUGAUAUUGAUAUAGAGCUCUGGUCUAAGGAAGCUCCCGAGGCGUGUAGAAACUUCACUCAGCUCUGUAUGGAGGGUUACUAUGAUGGCACAGUCUUUCAUCGCGUGGUGCCAGAAUUCAUCGUUCAAGGAGGAGAUCCCACAGGCACUGGGACGGGCGGGGAGUCCAUCUACGGUUUUAAAGUUGGUCCUGACUUUUGUGAAGAAUUGGUUAUUUAGAAGAUUAAGACAAGGUAGUAUAAGAAUGUGCUGGAAAGCAUUGUAAAGGUUACUGUUUUUAACUGUUUGGGUUUCUCAAUGCAGGAUGAAUUUCACAUGAGGUUUGGUUGCUAUGGCAAACGCAGGACCUCAUGAUGAUGGGAGCCAGUUCUUCUUCACUCUUGGACGGGCCGAUGAACUCAACAACAAACACACCAUUUUUGGAAAGGUGAUGUUUCACAAAAUGUUUAAGGUUUUAUGACCUGU